UCUUGAUAGUAAUGUUUGUUUCAGACUUUUUCUUGAUUGUCUUAUUCCCUUGUACACUGUGUGCUUCACUGGAACAUGGAGUAUUCCAGGCCACAGGAUUUACCAAGUUAUUAGAAACUGAUUAGCAAACUGUCACUGUUUGAUUUAGAAGUUCUGUUUGAAGUUAGGAAUAAUGCUGGAGUAAGAAAUGUUUUCAAGGCUUUUGAAGAGUUAUCAGAAUGUGCCCCUCUGCAAAGUGGUUGUUGGAAGUAAGUCCCUUCCAAGAACUCCAGUGUUAUUGGUCUAAAUAUUCUGUUAUAGCUCUCCCUUAAGGAGUAGAGUACAAAAACAUGGACUUGGGUUUAUUGAGGGGUGCUUUAUUUAGCCAUCUUGAAUUUUUGUUAUGAAUUUCUCUUUUUCGUAUUUCUCCACUUUUAUUUAGUCAUUCAUGUCUACUUUCUUUGGUUUUGUACUGAUUUUUCUAGGAUAAAUUGGAUAUCUGACAUUAUUGUGGUCGUCUCUCCUGAAAAUAUCGAAACAAUGAAGACUAUCAUUGAAAAAUAUGGCCACAAAAGAGUUACAGUAGUAAAAGGUGGAAUAACUCGUCACCGGUCAAUAUUCAAUGGACUGAAAGUAUUUGCAGAGGAUGAAUUUUCCUGCCAUUUGCUCCAGAAGCCAGAAGUAGUGAUUAUCCAUGAUGCUGUGAGGCCUUUUGUCGAAGAAGAUAUUGUUUCAAAAGUGGUUAUGGCUGCUAAAGAACAUGGGAAUUAUCACUUAAUGCUGGAGCAGUUCUGUUAGUGAUUACUAAUACUAGCCA